AAUUGCAUCAGUUUCAUCAAGGAAGGUCACAUCGUGGAAGAAAGCAUGUGCAUCAUGCCGCUAGCGACCCUCAGGGCAGCACUUUCGAUAGAUGGAGUGUGGUGUCAACAAAGCCGUUUGCACGACAGAAGUGCCUCACUGAGGCCAGUUGUCACACCUAUGAUAUGGCCCCACCAAAAUUGUCUGGCACAUGUGAUCAAUUCAGGAGAAUGACGCCCUCCAAGUCUGGGCAAAGCAAUUGCCCAGGUAUUUUCAAAGAAGUGGGGAGCAGCAACAUAACGUGAGAGAAGUGAAAGGCAAAAUGAUGAAGGCCGCAGUGAUGUAUGAGCCGGGCGGACCCGAAGUCUUGAAAAUUGAGAGCCGCCCAAUUCCAAAGCCACGAGAAGGAGAGGUCCUGAUCAUUGUCAAGGCAUUCGGGCUCAAUCGAUCGGAGCUGUUCACGCGGUUGGGUCACUCACCUGGCGUAACCUUCCCCCGCAUUCUCGGCAUUGAGGCUGUUGGGAUUGUUGAAGAAGCUCCGGGCAAAGAGUUUGCAAGGGGCGCAAUUGUGGCCACAGCCAUGGGGGGCAUGGGGCGCCAAUUUGACGGGGGAUACGCAGAGUAUACCUGCGUCCCUACCAACCAAGUGCAGAUGAUCAAGACUCAACUGCCUUGGGAGAUCCUAGGCGCUCUUCCCGAAAUGGUGCAAACCGCAUGGGGCUCUCUGUUCAAGGCUCUCCACUCAUUAAGGGCGAUCGCCUUCUAAUCCGAGGGGGCACGAGUUCAGUAGGGAUGACUGCUGCUGCAAUUGCUAAGAGCAAAGGCGCAUUUGUGGCAUCGACGAGCCGUAAUUCCGAUCGUGUUGACUUGCUAAAAAAGUCUGGCGCGGAUCAGGUGAUUAUCGACUCAGGUGCAAUCGCGGAGAAAGUGAAGGAGGAUGGACUUUUUGACAAGGUACUUGAGUUGGUCGGCACCACGACCCUGAAGGACUCCCUCAAGUGCGUCAAACAGCACGGCAUCGUGUGCAUGACUGGGAUUGUGGGAAACAAGUGGACCUUAGACAACUUUGCUCCUAUGGAAGCUAUCCCUACUGCGUCCUACCUCACAGCAUAUGCUGGCGAGGCCGAUGACUUCAUGCUGACGCCGCUUGCUGAGCUGGCAGAGCAGAUUGCGUCUGGCAAGCUGCAUGUUCAGAUCGGCAAGACGUUCAAGCUUGAGGAGAUUGUGGAGGCGCACCGGUGCAUGGAAGAGAGCAGAGCGGGUGGGAAGAUCGUUGUACUCACUUAGCCAGCGGGCUAAGUAGGUGAAUCUGUUUACUAUACAUGAACAAUCGGUCAAGAAGCGCCAAUUGUCAAGUAUUGGUCGAGACAAAGAAAGGGCUUGUUGCGAAUAGCUGCACCGCCCUGGUGGACAUUAGAGGAUGAAAAAACCUGCGUUGUCCCCCUCAGACGGCGGAAUAUAGAAUUGACCGUCUAUUCCACACGGCAUGGCACAUGCAUAUCAC